AAAGUCGAUCAAGAGGACCGGACUUGGGCAUCCCUUCUGUUGAUACUACAACACACAAAAAAAUAGUUCCAUUACAGAAAUAACACAGGGUUGUGCAUUUCAUGGUUCAAAAGCCACACAAUUUUAAAGGUCGCCAGCUAAGGCUAACAGUACAUAUUUCCCUCUCGCUUUUAAAACUACAUGCUUUAACUGUCAGACAUUGAACGCUUAACUGUGGCAUUGUAUUGGACAAAAUACCUAAACUAUGAUAGCGACUCCUCACAGGGCUAAAUCAGGUUUAAAGAAUUGUGUGCUUGCUUUCUUGCUGUUUCUGGUAGCUACGAGAACCUGACAAAAGAUUUUGCGUUCAAGGAGCCUACCUACAACCGCAGGGGGCACUGGGAUAGAUAGAGAUGUUUCCAUCAUGGCGGCAUCCAUUUCAGGUUAUACUUUUAGUUCUGUGUGUUAUCACAGCGCCAACAGCAACUCAGAUCAUGAGGGCUUCCUAUUAGGAGACGUAAGGCAAGAAGAGACUGUCAGCAUCAGUGACACACAGAUCAGCAAUGCAGAAUUGCUGCAAGUCGUAGAAAUCCACAACCAUGACCCAUGUGCACAGUUGUUUAGCUUUUAUGACUACGCGGGUAAAGUAAAUGAGGAAAAUCUCAACAACAUUCUUAAAGAAAGACGGAAAAAUGUCAUUGGUUGGUACCGUUUCCGGAGGAACACACAGCAGCAGAUGUCGUUCAGGGAGCAGAUCAUACACAAACAGCUGACUCAGCUACUUGGCGCGCCCGACCUCGUCUUCCUACUUUUUAGCUUCAUCUCUACUGCCAACAGCUCCACACACGCACUGGAGUAUGUGCUCUUCAGACCAAGCCGCAGGAAGGAGGUCGAGGAGGAAGAUUUUAAAAAGGAUGCUGAAGUUGCCAGUUUUCUCCUCGACAAUAGGUACAAUCAAAGGAUUACACUCACUAUCCCAAACCUUGGCAACACAAGCCAGCAGGAAUACAAAGUUUCCUCAGUACCUAACACCUCUCUUAACUACUCCAAGGUCAUCAAAGAGCAUGGGGCUGAGUUUUUUGACAAAGACGGUGUAAUGAAGGAUAUCCGAACAAUUUUCCAAGUCUACAGUGCACUACAAGAUAAAGUCCAGGCUGUGUGUGGGGAGGUAGAACAAAGUGAACGCGUUAAAGAGAAAAUUCAAGAGGAUGUGAACAAACUUAAACAACAAAUUGCUCUCAGGAAGCUCAAGACUGCAGAAGAGGAGAGAAGGCUCCGCGAAGCCCAAAAUGCAGACGCCCAUCCCACUCCAGAGGAGAACACAGAACCGUCUAAGACUUCGCUUCUGACACGGAUAACUUUCCAAACACCUUCUGCCCCAGAGCGGCCCAGUACCUCACCGAACCCACCAUCUUACACUGACCUCUUGUCCCAAGAUGACAAUCUUCUUUCCUCCUCUUCCCCAACCACCAGUGCUGCUCUGUUGCCCCGACCUCAAGCUGUGGGCUCUCCAGGACACCCUACCCCUGUCCCACUGGGGACGAGCCUGGGUCUAGGCGUUGGGCUGGGCCUGGGCCUUGCUGCCAGUUCAAAUCCGGUUAGCACUCCCAGCACCCCUUACCUUGGAAAUGGUGAUGGAUCUAGUUCUGACUCAUUAGACAGACAAGCUGCAGGGCAGGAAGAUGAUGACGAUGAUGAUGACGAGGAUGAUGAAGAUGAGGACAGUAGCGAAUAUGAGAACUUAGUGAGUGAAGGCGCUCACCUGCCAAUGGUCUCUGCCAGCGUUUUAGCUCAAGGCCGACCAGCCGCCCUAAGCCCCGAUGGGGAUGCUCGUGGCUCGCAGACCACAUAGAAAUACACCACAAGAUGUGUGACGGACACAAAUAAAUGACACACCUUAAAAGGUGGGCAUCUGAAGCAAUCAAAGAUAAGCAAAUGUAGACAAAAGAAGUGCCAGUCCUGAAAGUGAAAGGCAUGCGCUAGUGGUGUCCCACUGUGUGUAAUUCUUCUUGUCUUAAUCUGAUCUCCAUUUUAAGGGGAAACCUUGCUUGGUUUUGCAGGUGCAUCUCAGUGUGGGAAAAGUUGUUAGUUUUCAUAUUUCCUUUAGUUUUAGGCUGUUUAAUGUACAUUAAGUGUGGCUCUGUCUGGAUGUUAUAACACAUUAUGCCAGCUGGUUGGCAAACACGCACCCUAAAAGACAGGCCCACACUUUCUGUAUGUUUUGUAGCUGCAUUUUUUUUGUCUUACUUUUGCAUCACCAACUUUAAGCACCCUUUCUUGCAUGACCUUUUGCACUGUUUUUUUUUUUUUUUUUUAACAAUCCCUCUUAGAAAACAAAGGGAACGUUUUCUGCAGCCUUCCAACAAUUUUAAACAAAGUAGGCUAAUGAUUCUUAAACUGUUAUUAUUUCAUUUGAAAAAAUAUAUGUAACUACUUUCUUUUGAUUUUCUUUACUCCAUGUUCAGCAAUCUUUUAUCAUCCAGUUGCCUCUUUGAAUGAUGAAUAACAGAUAGAAAUGAAGUCUGCCACUUCUAUUAUGGGUGCUCUAUAUAUAUAUAUAUAUAUAUAUAUAUAUAUAUAUAUAUAUAUAUAUAUAUAUAUAUAUAUAUAUAUAUAUAUAUAUAUAUAUAUAUAUACUUUGUCUAGUUAACAGUUAAUCUAAUUUGACUAUAGUGUCAUUGUCUUGUUUUUCUUGGAUAACACUGAAAUUCUAUGCGCUUUGCUGCACUUAACAAAAUUUAAGAUUUCUUUAUUAUUGUGCUAAACCAAUGCUGACAUGUUGUGCCACAUGAUUAGUCCUCUUUGACCACCCUGAGCCAAACUUGGCUCAGCUUGUGUGCAUUGUACGGGGUUCACAGGGCAAACACAGUGUACUGUAGCUUUACUAACCAGAUGCUUAAAGUUCCCUUCUGCUGCUGCAACACAGAGCUACUAUUAAAAUGCAUAUGUCUGUUCUUCAUAUAAAAACCAGGCUGCUACUUCCAUUUUACCAUGCUGGUUGUUUCAGUACUACUGACCACAUUCAUAUAACCACCUUAAGCUCACAUAUUCAUGGCUUGUUCCCAAUUAAAAUCAUAAUGGAAGGCUGACACCUUCAAUGUGUGAAUUGUAACCUUGGAAACAGACUGGGAGCUUACCUUCCUGUCUUUGCAAAGUUGACCGCUGCAUUCAUGUAUUCUCCCCUGUUUGGAUCAGUGUUACAAGUAUGGACCUUGAUAUGGUAAUGAAAACAUCAUGAGUCUGCUUAAGUAUACAGUGCCUUUCACUCAGGGCAGUUUCUGUCAGCACAGAAAAUACAUUCACAGAUAUCUUGUAAUGGGUGAAGUUAGGAUGAGCUGUUUUGCAUAUGCAGUAAUCAGUUUCAAGAUUUUUUUUCCAUAAAGUUCUGCAGCCAUUUGCCUCUUUUUCCUAAAGGUUUUCUCUACCUGAAACAAUCCCACUGCUUCCUGAGCUCUUUCCCCUUGUUAUUGACAUUGACUGCUUCUGAGUGGACCUGUUUCUCAAGGCUACAAAUGUGACAUUGUCUGCUUUAUUAUUUAAAACUGGAAUUGCAGUUAAGUCUGGGUAACUAAACUGUUGUCAAGGCAAAUUUGGUGAUGAGAAUGAGCAACUUGCAGAUGACUGCUUUUACACAAUUGACCCAUGUGAAGACAGCAGAAGUGGGGAUUGAUUAAGGUGUGGAACACCUUCACUGCAUGAACUGGUUAACUCUUGGCAGUGUUAAAUUCAGCAUGGACAGAUGUUUGCACUGCACAAGAUGUUUUGUGGUGGGAGACGCUUUGCCUUGUGAAUAAGCUCUUCUUUAUUUACAUCGCCUGUUUUUUAUGUCAUGUUUUUUGCCUUAGGGUCAUUUCACUUGCCCUGAUGUGUAAUACCAAUGCGUCACUGACCAGGAACUGGCACUCGAAAUGUUGUUUAAUAAUCAUUCAGAAUAACACAAUCACACAAUGGAAAAAAAAAAAGAAAUAACAAAAUCAGAAGUGUGGUUUCCUUUGAGUACUGGAAUAUGAUAAGGAAAUGAAUAUUGAAUGUAUAGUAAUCAAUGGGGGUGGGAAUGGCAUUUAAACAGCACUUACUGUAUAAGCUUGUCUCAGUUGAUUGUUGUGGUGGCAGCAGUUCUGUGUUAGUCCUCACUCUUUAUCCUGGUCUUCAGGCCCUGAAUGAUAUAUAUUUUUUCUUUUUUUUUUUUUUUUUUUUGUGCCCUCCUACAGAGUAACCUUAAACAUGUGGCCCGAAUGAAAACCAACAGGACCUUUGUCUAAAAGACCAAUGGUAUACAGCAAGAGAGGAUUAACACACUUAGAAUCAGAUAGCUUUUCAACUUCCAACAUACAAAAACAAAUAUACACUCAUGAACUCUUACUGUAUGGGGUGGCCCUUUUCUUCCCAUGUGGAGUGGAAGCACAAAGUCCAGUGCACACCUUUAGAUCUUCUUGGCUUCUGUCUGGAUUUGUGUACUUGAUGGAAACUGACCAAGGACUUAUUUGGAUGAGCACAGAGAACAAGGUGCUUAAAUUGGGGGAAAAUAAAUGAGACAUCUAUAUGUGAA